ACCUUAACUUCCGGAGCAAGCCUAAGAGGCUGGUGCGAGAUAAGAUAUCGUUCGCUACCGCGAGAAGAGGGGAGCCUUUGGCUUUUCCCAAAAUGAUAAAAUCCGGGAGGACCUCUAGUGAGAGAUUUCAAGAAGUCUCAAUGGUAUUUAUCGAGAUACGUCAUGCAAAAGAUCUGUGAUGUCAAAGAUAUGUCGUAUCUCCUAUUGGAAUAUGAAGAAAUCGUCAUGCAUACGAAUAUCGAAGAUGAUUACGUGAAUGUUCGUGACCGUUUGAUAUAGAAAUCUUUAUAAAUGUAAAAUAUUGUACAAUAAACAAUUCUUGAAGAUACUAUGAGAUGUGAGAAUUUUUGUCACCAGGAAUAGAAUAUCAGGUACCUGAAAAACUUUUGUUUAGAUGAAGAAAGGCCUUGUAAGUCUGCGACAGUAAUUUAGCUUCGCGCUAAAUUUGUUUUUAAUUUUACUUGACAAAUAUGACAGACCUUUUGUAUCAACAUGAUACUGUAAUUGUAACAUGUAUCCCCGAAAUGGGAGUGUCACGUUUGAAGAACGUGACCCGCUGAUGCUCAUAAAAACGCCAGAAGCGCUAUGUUAAAAGGUCAUAAAAUGGUAGCACGUGAAAGGUACCACUCUUCCCCGUUUCUUACGUAUUAUUUGUCUGUCGCGCUUCUCUCUUGGCAAACAGAACACCUCCGCGAACGGCAUUAUCUGGCAAUCGCUGACGGCCAAUAGGGAAGUAUCCAGAGGCAGCCUACUUGUGCCUAUUCAUCAGCUACACAAUUAAUUUCAUGAUUUUCUAGGAACUUUCCACAUGAUAAGAUGGCACGAAAACAGCGAUUAGUCACUUCCCUUAAUCCGUAAGUAUAAAUAGCUGUGGACAAUUCCGCAUUCCGGCGCCAGCGAUGACAAAAUCGAUAUUGCCUUUUUAUACGAGUGAUAACGCAUCUACAUCUGAUUAAAAAGAAUUUUUGUGCAUAAACAACAGCGCAAUCAGGCCGCAAGAAGAUUUUUCGGACAGAUUUAAUCAUGAUCUUAUCCUGGAUAAAAAAUUCUCACAAUAUUUCAUAAUAUUUUUAUAUAUUUUUUUAUAGAUUUUAGGUUUUCUUCAGAAAUUAUAGAAUAUUUAAAAAAUUGUUAAAUACUUCAGAAUUUACUUGUUACGUCGGACGCUCCAAAAAGUUUCCUUUUUUGCGUCUUUUAUAUCGUACGGCCCUGUGCAAUUUUAUUAUAUGCCUAAAGACUAUGGUACAUAAAAAACUUAAACAGUGAAACUUAGGCAGUAAGCGAAUUAGCCGAUGACAGUUGAGAAUAUAAGACCAUAGAACAGGUAUUUUAUCCCGAUUAAAAAGAAUCGAUUGGCUUCGAUGUUGACAAACGUAUUAUAGUCACGUGCACGGCUUUUGAUUACGAUCACGAGAGCGAAGUCCAAAAAUAAACGACAUGUGUAUCACUUGAGAUUUGUUGCUGAUAUUGCGAUUGCUAUCAUCUGCAAUUUGCGCUGUCCACAUUUAAUCUUGCACGAGAGUCGAUAACUUUUUUAUUCAAGAGUGACCAAUUAAUCCUGUCGUUUACUAACUGUACAAGAGAUGAUGCUGAAGGGAUACGCGCUGAAGUCAUCGACCUUGAAGUAUCACGGAAACUCUUCAGAAUCGGAUAUAUAUUGAUGAAGGGCGAUGUUUUUUCAAGGAUGAGAGCGGCCUCGCCAUUCACCACUUUCGAUGGCCGCGACCCUAACUGCUUCUGGUACGACGCGAUAUUUAGACGAAUAUGGGCCAAUGGCAAAGGAAUGCGCAGGGUCGACAAUAGAGUUCUUUAGUGCCACAAUAAAUUCUUCAACAAGGAGCACAAGUUAUAUCGUUAAAUAUCAAGAUAAUGAAAAAAGUCGUUUCUCUUUUGAGGUCUUGGAUGGUCUAGUAGGCAAUAAGUAAGGACUUCUUGAAAGUAUCCGAUCUGUUCUCUCGCGCCGGCCCUGCGGAAGUGAUUGGCGCGUACCGGGACACCCGGGAUGCCUUAAUUAGAACACGUAAGGUGGACAUGUGCGCGCUCCGGUCUCGCCUCCGGACAUCUUGGAUCUUGAUCGGAUCUAACGUUCUGGAACCGUUCGACGACGUUUCUUUAUGGAAUUCUCUUGGGUGAACCUUUGUCGUCGGCCGUGACCUUGACUCUCGUCAUUUCCGGCCACGGGAUACGAAAUCCCAGUCGACACGACUUUUCCUUGAGCUGCAACCCAUCGCAACCCGAUGCGGCCUCAUCGCGGGACGAUAUCAACGUGACGCUUUAUAACAGUUGGCGAGAAAAUGAUAUGAACAAUGAUGCAUUUCGGUACACUCGAGUGCCCCACUGUUAUAUCGCUCAUCCUGUGUUGCGUGAGAUAAGGUUCGAUUAUGGUGGACAAAUUGCACGAGUAUGAGGGACUCAUGGGUAGGAUUCACGGUGUUCGUGAUACCAUCAGGGAACGAUGGAGUGUGUGGAAAGAAUGGAAAAACGGUCUGAAUUUGGAUCAAGGCCUGGACGGGCUAAAGCAACAUUUACGGGGGCCGCCCAAAUUAGAGCGCACUUUGGACGACUAUUCUCAUGUCUACAGGAAGAAGACUCGCGCCGAACUAGUGAGGGUGUCGGCGGCCGUAAUGGGGAUCGAGUUCUCAUAUGCUGCAGAAACCGCUUUCGUUUCGCCGACGCUCCUCAAGAUUGGCGUCGACCAUCAGCACAUGACGUUGGUGUGGGCGCUUAGUCCCCUUGUGGGUUUCUUCGUGACGCCCAUUCUUGGCAGCAUGAGCGACCGCUGCAGACACAAAUAUGGUAGAAGACGACCCUUCAUCCUCCUGUUGGCUCUCGGAGUUUUCAUAGGUCUCAUCCUGGUGCCAAACGGCGAGCACAUCGGCUAUGUAUUCGGCGACACACCGUUCCAAACGAAUGAAACGAUCCCACUCGGACAUCGCACAACGGCGAAAUUAGCCGAGGAGAUAACGCCCGGAUCCGUCGAAAGGGCUUCCUCGCACUCCUGGGGCAUCUUCUUCACUAUUCUCGGUACGGUGUUGCUCGACUUCGACGCCGACGCCUGCCAGAGUCCGGCGAGGGCGUAUCUCCUUGAUGUCACUGUGCCCGAGGACCAUGCCAAAGGCCUAAGUACGUUCACCAUAAUGGCAGGUUUGGGGGGCUUCAUGGGAUACGGUUUGGGCGGUAUCAAUUGGGACGCCACGUCUCUCGGUAUUAUGCUGGGCGGACACGUGCACGCGACUUUUACUCUCAUUACGAUCAUCUUCGUCAUUUGCGUCAUAUGUACCAUCACCAGCUUCAAGGAGAUCCCUCUCGAACUACUCGAGCGAGAUCAGUACCAGCAAAUGGAUCAGCCGAAGGUUCCGGAAGAAAUCCAAGGAACGGAGAACAAGCAGGAAGAACGUGAGAAGAUCAUCUCCGAUGAGUCGAAAACAUAUGGUGCACUCGAUGCCGAGUACGAAACAAAUCCCUCGAUAGCGGAAACGCAAUCCUGCGAUCAUCCCGAUGAACCACUUUCCGAAGGCAGUCAUGUUAAUUAUGGAUUCGACGAUAUCGAGAAUGAGGCAAACCACAAGGCGACCCUGAAGGAAUACCUGUUGUCCAUCGUCUACAUGCCGCACAGCCUUCGCCAGGUGUGCCUGACGAAUCUGUUCUGCUGGAUGGCGCACGUCUGCUACUCUCUGUACUUCACAGACUUCGUGGGCGAGGCAGUGUUUGGUGGGAAUCCGCGGGCACCUGCGGAUACCGAGGAGCGGGAGCUUUAUGAGGAGGGAGUGCGAUUUGGGUGCUGGGGCAUGUCCAUGUACUCGCUGUCCUGCUCGUGCUAUUCGCUGAUCAUUGAGCGGCUGAUCCAGCGCUUCCGAGCGCGUAAAGUUUACAUCUACGGGCUACUCUUCUAUAGCGUUGGCAUGCUCCUAAUGGCCUUGACGAAGCACCCGGCCGGCGUUAUCAUUUUCUCAUGGACCGCUGGCGUCAUGUACUCCACGCUGUUCACCAUGCCCUAUUUACUUGUGGCACACUAUCACGCAUCCUCGACCUUCGCCCUGACAGCUGCCGGCGACGCGGUCUCCGGUGGUUUCGUGCGCGGCUUAGGGACUGACGUCGCCAUCGUCUCCUCCAUGGUAUUCCUCGCGCAGUUCUUACUGUCCUGCUGUCUGGGUACGAUCGUCAGCUUCACCGGCACUACCGCGGCGGUGGUUUACGUCGCUAGUAUCCUGGCGAUGUGCGGCGCGGCCUCAGCCACACGGAUCAUGUACCUGGACCUAUAAAUCUCGCUCGAUAAUCCGUAAGAACUUUAAACCGUUAUAAUUAAUUAUAAUACUUCGAUAACUGUCCAUAAGUCAACUUCGCAGAAGAAGCUAGAAUAAUUAUUACAUUCGAAGAUACAAAAUGUUCCGUUAGUUACAGAUAAUGGCGAGCUAAUAUAUUAAGCAUAGAUUUAUAAAAUAAUCAUGGCCAAUCAUCAUUGUGUAUUAAUCAUCAAUAAUUGUCAAUUUUAGUGAUCGCAUCAUCCGAUCGGCUAUAGUUUCGUCCAUUUCGCGUUAAGUAUUUUGACGUUGUCGUAUAUUUUAUUAACAAAUAAUCUAUUGGUUCAUAUUAUAAACUGUUAAAUGUUUCAGAAAUUUACUGUACUCUGAUUGAAUAAUUAUCUAAAUAUUUAUUAGCUCUAAAUUGGUAUGUAUAAUAUUUUCGUCAAUAACAAUAGAGUGGACGGAUGUGUACACAAUGUGUAACGUAACAAGUAAACGAUCGAUCAAUAUACAUGUCCAAGCUAAA